UGUAGGCUGCUGGGAGUGGAGGUUAUUUAUACUGGAGUUAAACCGGAGACACUGGAGGACCAUGUCCCUCACCGGCACCGGACCCGGCACUGAGUUCAGUCUCAUCAGAACUAACGGAACCUGGAGCCGCCGGGCCGGACCCGGCACCAAUAAACCCGUCACCAGCGGACCCGGCACCAGCCCACCCGGCACCAGCGGACCCAGCACCAGCCCACCCGGCACCACUGGGGGACCGGCAGGGGAACACCUGUCCCAGGCCAAGCUGUACCAGUGCAGUAACGGUUAUGGUGUUACGUGGACGGUGGAGAGUCCGGUGGUGUUCUCGUACCGGGUGGUGGAGUGCGAGAAGCUCCUGGACAUGAGUAACGAUACGUUACUGUUCGGACACGUCGGCGACGCGGAGGAGCUCCGAGUCCUGAAGGAAAGUUCUAAACCCCUCCGGAGGUUCGUGAUCAUCGAUGAAACGGUUAACGAGAUUUACGGCGCUCAGGUGGAGGCGUACCUUAAAUCCUGGCAGGUGAUUUAUAAACUCCUCCCACUUCCCACCACCGAGCAGAAUAAGAGUCUGGAGCUGGUCAGCCGGAUCCUGAAGGAGCUGCAGAGGUUUGGUAUUGAUAGGCGAUUGGAGCCGAUCGUGGCGAUUGGUGGGGGGGUGUGUUUGGACGUUGCCGGAUUGGCCGCCUCGCUGUACCGGCGCAGGACCCCGUAUGUCCGCGUUCCCACCACCCUGCUGUCCUACAUCGACGCCAGCGUCGGCGCCAAAAACGGCGUCAACUUCUGCGGCUGUAAGAACCGGCUGGGCUCGUAUACGCCCCCUGUGGCCGCGCUGCUCGACCGUGGCUUCAUUAAGAGCCUCCCGCGGCGCCACAUCGCUAACGGACUCGCCGAGAUGCUGAAGAUGGCUCUGAUGAAGCAUAAAGGACUGUUUGAGCUUCUGGAGAAAGAGGGGCGGGGCUUACUGGACUCUGCCUUUCAGUCAUCUGAUACCAUCAGUGGGUGUGGCUGUACAGACCCCGCCUCUUUGGCCACUAGGGUUGCCAUAGUGACCAUGCUGGAGGAACUGGCCCCGAACCUGUGGGAGGAUGAUCUGGAUCGCCUGGUGGAUUUCGGUCAUGUGAUCAGUCCAGAGCUGGAAAUGGUGGCGCUGCCGGAGCUGCUGCACGGUGAGGCGGUGUGUGUGGACAUGGCGCUGAUGGUGUUUGUAUCUCGGGAGCGGGGCUUCCUGUCGGGGGACGAGCUCAGACGCAUCAUUUCCUGUAUGAAGAGUCUGGAACUUCCUGUUUGGGAUUCGCAGUGUUCAGAGGAUCUGCUCCACAGCGCCCUCUCUGCCCGACUCACACACUGCGGGGGGGCGCUGAGAUUACCCCUCCCCACUGGACUUGGCACCGCCGGAAUCUUCAGUGAUUUGGACCCGCCCACUCUCUCCCGGGCCUAUCAGAACUGGUGUUCUGAACUGGGUUCUGGACGUUCGGGUCUCAGCGAAUCAGAGAUCAGUAAUUAAACAUCUGAUUCUCUAAAGAUAAAAGACUAAUUUAAAAACUGAUUCAUUUUAAUAAACUAGAUUCACCAGUUUAA